CCUAGUCUCGUUUAAUCCUCCACUCCGGCACUCAUCAGCUGAUAAGAGGGCGCGAGAGAACCGAAUCCCCACAGCAAAAAUGAAGUACAACCCACGGGUCUCCUCCACCAGGCGCAAGAACAGGAAGGCCCACUUCACGGCACCGUCGAGUGUCCGCCGUGUCUUGAUGAGCGCUCCCCUGUCCUCCGACCUCCGGACAAAGUAUAAUGUUCGUUCUAUGCCUGUCCGCAAGGACGACGAGGUCCAGGUUGUCCGGGGUACGUACAAGGGUCGCGAGGGCAAGGUGGUGCAGGUUUACAGAAAGAAGUGGGUGAUCCAUAUAGAGCGGAUAACCCGUGAGAAGGUUAACGGUUCCACAGUCAAUGUCGGCAUCCAUCCAUCUAAGGUAGUCAUCAGCAAGCUGCGCCUUGAUAAGGACCGUAAGUCUCUUCUCGAGCGCAAAGCCAAGGGCCGUGCCGCCGCCGACAAGGAUAAGGGCACAAAAUUCACCGCCGAGGACAUCAUGCAGACCAUAGAUUAAUUAAUUUAAUCUUCAACUACGUUGGUAUUGUCACUCGAUUUUAUUGUUGGAUUUAAUUUGUGCGUGUUGAGGUCCUCGAGGAGAUGAAUUGAGUGAAACUAUGUUGUCGCUACUUCGUUUUUGUUUAAAUUUUCGUACUAGGAGACUUUUGGAUAUUGAUUGUGCUUUAUUUUUCGCAUGGUUUAAUGAAAUGCUUAUAGCUCGGUUUAUUUAUA